UCAAGAUGGCGGCCUCCAUGACUAAGGUCACGCUUUCUCAAAUCUCUCUUGUUUUACCGCUGAAAAGACUUCUCUCGCGAUGUGAAAACUGUUCUCGACAGUGGAUAAUGGGUCCCAUGAGAUGGAGGCACAUGAAACCAAUAACUGGAGUAGACGAUACGGAUUCCGUGGACGCAAAUGUUGGCGAUAAAACAAUUCACUUGUCGACGGGAAAGUUGGCGAGGUUUGCUGAUGGAUGUGCAAUUGCUCAGCUUGGUGAUACAUCAGUCCUUGUCACAGCUGUUGGUAGGAAAAAUCCAACUUCAACCAAUUUUCUCCCUUUGACAGUAGAUUACAGGCAGAAAGCUGCAGCUGCUGGUAGAAUUCCCACCAAUCACCUGAGGCGAGAGAUGGGAAACACAGACCUGGAGAUCCUUAGAAGUCGUAUGAUUGACAGAUCAAUACGACCAUUGUUCCCAAAGGGUUACUUCUAUGAAACACAGGUUGUAUGUAAUCUUUUAGCUGUUGAUGGAGUGAAUGAUCCAGAUGUUUUGUGCAUAAAUGCCGCUUCCAUGGCCUUGACAUUGUCAGACAUCCCCUGGAGUGGUCCUGUGGGUGCAGUCAGGGUGGGGCUAGUCGACGAUGACAUCGUCAUCAAUCCCACAAGGCUACAGCUGAGCAAGAGCCGUCUCAAUCUCGUGGUGACUGGAGCUAGGAAGAGCAGCAUAGUAAUGUUGGAGGCUUCCGCAGACAACAUCCUGCAGAAUGACUUUGUUAAGGCCAUCCGGGCAGGCUUGAAAGAGACUCAGGUCAUAGUUCAACAGAUCGAAAGACUCACCAAGAGAUGCGGGAAAGAGAAGAGGAUACCAGAGAAACUGUUUGUGCCCCCUGAGGAACUUGUAGAGGCUGUUAGUAGAUUAACAAGAGAGAAAUAUUUUGAAGUCUACACAGAUGUAACUCAUGACAAGUUUUCAAGAGAUCGGGCUGCUGUUGCUGUGAAAGAUGAAUUUUUUGAGCAGAUCAAAGAACUAUUCCCCACUGAGGAGUCAUAUUUCAUCAAUGAAGCAUUUAACUCAGUAGCCAAAGAAGUCUUCCGAAGUCUUAUACUGGAGCAGGAUAGGAGAUGCGACGGGCGGGAUUUGAAGCAAUUGAGAGACAUCCGAUGUGAGGUAGACUUGUUCAAGCCCCUUCAUGGCUCAGCACUCUUCCAGCGGGGACAGACACAGUGUAUGUGUACAGUGACCUUUGACUCCAUCGAAUCAGCUCUUAGAACGGAUCCUAUUCUGGAAAUUACAGGUGGUGUGAAAGAGAAGAAUUUUAUGCUACAUUAUGAGUUUCCUCCUUAUGCAACUAAUGAAACAGGGAAGUUAUCACCGGGAAGAAGAGAACUGGGUCACGGUGCUCUGGCAGAGAAAUCUCUCAAACCAGUCAUCCCCAAUGACUUUCCAUUCACCAUCCGCUUAACCAGUGAAGUACUAGAGUCCAACGGAUCAUCUUCAAUGGCCUCUGCUUGUGGUGGAAGUCUGGCACUUAUGGAUGCAGGAGUUCCCAUCAGCAGCCCCGUAGCCGGCGUAGCAAUAGGCCUAGUAGCAGCCACCGAACCGGACGAUCCACACAGUAUCACUGACUACAAACUUUUAACAGACCUGCUGGGUAUUGAGGAUUACAUGGGUGAUAUGGAUUUCAAAAUGGCUGGAACCAAAAAAGGCGUAACAGCGCUGCAGACUGAUCUGAAGUUGCCAGUCCCUAUGAAGAUCAUCGUUGAAGCCAUUCAACAGGCGACAGCUGGAAAGAGUGAGAUUUUAACGAUCAUGGCAACCGCUCUGAAGAAAUCCAGAGAUAGCCGCAAGGAAAACAGCCCUGUCACAGAAAACCUUGAAGUCCCUGUCGCUAGAAGGUCAAAGUUUGUUGGUCCUGGAGGUUAUAACCUGAAGAAGCUAAGGGCAGAAACAGGUGUGACAGUCACACAGCUGGACGAGAGUAACUUUUCCAUCUUUGCGCCGACGCCCAGCGCCAUGGACGAAGCCAAGGAGAAAAUAGAACAACUGCUGCAGGAAGAUAAAGAGCCACAGCUUGACUUUGGUGCUAUCUAUGUUGCCACAAUCACAGAAGUCAGGGAGACUGGUGUCAUGGUGAAGCUGUAUCCCACAAUGCAACCUGCUUUGCUUCAUAACUCACAGUUGGACCAGAGAAAGGUGAAUCACCCCAGUGCCCUAGGCUUUGAAGUGGGGCAGGAGAUCUCUGUCAAGUACUUUGGGCGGGACCCGGUCAGUGGCAAGAUGCGUCUGUCCAGGAAGGCCCUUCUUGCUCCCGCCUCGGCAGUCAUAAAAAACCUGACGGGCAACAGGAACAGCACCCCUUCCUGACGAGGCAGGGAACCAGACGUGUCAGCUAUGCAGCCGUCUAGCAUUUAUCAGGAGGGUUGCUACCUAAGGAAUUGAUUAGCCUAAAAGGCAGAGGGUAUUGGUAUGAACUUCUUGUGUAAUCAGGCAUUUCCACAAAUGCCAAAAGUGAAAGGACGACAUAAUUCAAGCCCAGUGCAUAAACAGUAGGCACACUGAUAGGGUUUUGUUCUCCCAUUACAAGACAGAAUUGUUGAUCUAUUGAGGUUAAAUGACUAAUUUUGGCCAUGGCACAACUAAGAGUCGAUGGGGUAGUAUUAUCUUUGUUACUGUAUUCACAGCUUUUAUUUCUUUCACAAGAAAUACGGUGUACAAUGUAACUUAUAAACCGUAUUCACUGUCCCAAUUUUGCAGUUUCAAUCCAUAUGCCAUCCCAAUCAUCACUCCACUAUUAGCAUGAUUUGCUAUCAGAUCCUCCAUCCCAUUGCAUUCUACAAUGCUGCACACCCUCUCCUAUGCUUUCGACAAAUGCAGAAUUCACAUGACCAAUCUCCACUUCAGUAUGCAGAAACCUGCAUGUUUGGUAUGAGACGAAUAAGAUGGAGACCGUAACUGCAUAUAACCACGCAGGAUUUAGCAUUGUCAUACCUCUGUCUUGGAUACUGUUUGUUCAUUGGCCCAGAAUGACCACAUGACAGGGCGAUAUAUCUGCAUAUCAAACUCACCAUGAGACAUCUCAUAUCCCACAUCACAGCAGUCAACAGUGGUUUAAGUAUAGCUUUAUACAGUUCAGAAAACCAGUGUAACCAGGACUGACAGCACCUUAAAAUGCUGGCUGCAAAUCCUGUCUUCCGUAAAAUGUGAGAUCUUAAAUUGAACUUUGAAACAAGUUAUGACUUUCUGAAGUUUGCGCGUGCUUGUUUCACAUACAUAGUAUGGGCAUUCCUGUGUUGUCCUGUGGUUAUGAAAUCUCAGGGAAAAUACUCCUUUUUCUCCCACCAUGAAAAAUCCUUCAAGCUGGAGUUUUAAUGAUUUCCUUAACCGUUCCUCUUCAUUUUCCCAACAUAAGCCCCAUCCCAAAAUACCUCUGAGGGAAAACACCUUGUGGGUGUGUGCGAUGCCACACAGCAAUGCCACACCUGUGCACUCACAUUUUUAGACAAGAUUGUGUGAUUUGCAAAGGGUUUUGGGUCGAAUGUUAGAGGUUAGUUGUUUUUUUAAAAUUUGCUCAACACAUCAACACCACUGCUCUAUUGAAACGUAUAACAAAUAAUCAAAUCCAAAAACAGUCUGAAAAUUUACAGGCUGGGGAGUUCCAUUAUGCUUUUAUUUUGUUAACAAAAUAAUAUCUACAGUGGAUUGGGGCACACAGUGACUUGUAACUGAUAUCUGGACUUCAGUAACUCACUCACAGCCUCAUGAGAAGAGCUCAGGAAGAACUACAUGUACAUUGUAGAUUUCAAGUAAAAUGCUUUUGGAGAGUGUUGAGCGUUCCAGGUCUGGAAGAAAUAUGUCCGAGAUUGGUUGAAUGAUUGAUUUUCACCUGGGCAAGUUGGACAACACAAAGUUUGUUCCAUAUUGCUAACAAUGACACAGACAUGUUAAUAAGCAACUGGGUGUAAUUUAUUACAGUUUUGCCUUGCCUUACUAUACAGACAGUGAAGCAAGAAAUUAAGCAGUGUAUGUGUAGAUACUUCAUAUUUACACAAGUAUGCUCGUGUCAGGGUGCACAUCAUAUACAUGUACAUGACUACACUUGACUGGCAGCUAGGAGUUAAACCACUGGGAGUGAUGGCAACAUGCCAACUCAGCCACACUAUUACAUAAAUUAGCGAGUUUGUGAAAUGGCAUUAUGUGUAUAGGACUAAACUAUACAUAGAAGAAUGCUUGGUAAAUGCUGCAGUGAAAGGUUUCACGAUGAAUUGCCGUAGUGCAAAAACUUGAAUGUACAAAUCAAAUGACACCAUUUUCUAAUGUCCUGUUGUAAACAACCAUCAAAGUUUGAAAGUGGAUUUUCUGUAUUUUGGCAGCAGUGGACAAAGCAGUCUACAUGAAGCUUUUAAGCCUUGCUCUUUAAAUGAACUUGCAUUUUAUAUCAUGUAAGAACCGCAGAAAGGCAAGGGUUACUGGGAAACUGGUUGAUGAAUUAAUUAUAAAAGGGACAGGGAACUUCUUAAACUUAUCUGCUGUUAAAAACUACAACAGGUAAUCAAAAGACCUGUACGUUUGUUUACAAUCGCUGUUGUGAGCUUACAAUUUCACAAAAAUAGACACGCUUGUUGCAGUUUGAUAAUAAUCCCGAUGAAUAGGGAAGCAUAGCUCAAAAUA